AGGUCAUAGGCUUCUCGUGUUAUUUAUUGACUUUUCCAGAAAUGAAAUGAUGACUUCUUUUUGACUUGCGCAGCUGCGCCUUGAACCUCCCCCAGACACUCUUGUGGCACGUGACAUCACGCUUAUGUAAGUCAUGUACGCCAAGACUCAAGCCAGGUUCCUCCAGCUUCUGCCAAUGAGGCUCCAUAAUGCUUCCCAGAGUACAUAUCAAAAUAAUCACCUGCUUUGAUCACUCAUUUACACCAAAAACGCCGCUCCUGCCCUCGUUCGCGUCCCACAGCUAGUGUUUUCGACCAUCGCACCGCAGACCAGUUGAGCACCAGCUGAAACUGAGAGUACCAAACGCAACCGGUGCAAAAACGCGACGACAAUGCUCCCCCUAGGCCUUCUGACGGCCGCACAAGGCCACCCCAUGUUAGUGGAACUGAAGAACGGCGAAACUCUCAACGGCCAUCUGGUAAACUGCGAUACCUGGAUGAACCUGACGCUUAAGGAAGUUGUACAGACUAGCCCGGAGGGGGAUAGGUUCUGGAGGUUGCCCGAAUGUUACGUGAGAGGAAACAAUAUCAAAUACCUCCGGGUCCCUGAAGAAGUCAUCGACCUUGCGAGAGAACAACAGCAGCAACAACAACAUCAGCAGGGUGGCGGGCAGCGCGGCGGCCGUGGAGGUGGGCAAGCAGGCCAUGGGGCCGGUGGAAGGGGAGGAGGGGAUCGUGGACGAGGGAGCGGUGGACAGGGAAGGGGAGGCGGAAGAGGGCACGGCCGUGGGCGAGGUGGAGGCAGGGGGCAAGGCUGAGAUGAAUUGACUUUUGACGUGCUAUGUUGCGUGUUUCUCUAUGACAUAUGCAUCAUGACGAUCACAUUACUGAUUCUUCAACAAUACCGAGACGUCAACACACAUUCGCAGCAUUUCACACUUUUACAUCCAGGUCCAGACCUCGUCCCAUUCAGACCUUGCACGGUCUUCUCAAUUGAACGUUUCAUCAGCCAGCGGAAAGAAAACAAGUUUUUGUCUGGUCUGCCCUCGAAGUGCAGACUCGAAGCCAUCAUAGUCUGUCAUCGAAAGAUGGCGACAUCAGUGCAAGAAUUUUAAGGAACCCAUCGUUUCCACACACAAACCAAGGCCAGGACACCACCGCUAUGCUAGUCCAGAAACAACGGCUUGCGACGCUCUCGGCAACGUUAGGGGGUUCACAAUGUAAAGAAUCGAAAAGAAACCAUAUCUUGCCACUCCAAUCAUCCUCAUC